CAAAUCAGGUACGCAGCCCUACUGGAAAUGCAUCCAGUGCUCUCAGCCCUCCAGGGAAGAAGCCCCUUCCAUGGACAUGGAUGUGCCACCUGCAGCCGAAAGCACGCGUCUGAGUUUGGAGACUGACGAAAGCGCGCAGCCCAGCCUGGAGCGUGAAGAGCUUGACGAACCCGAGCCCGAGCUUGACGAACCCGAGCCCGAGCUUGACGAACCCGAGCCCGAGCUUGACGAACCCGGCGAAGACGAGUGUAUGUCAGACUUUAGCCACGAGACCGUGUCAGAUGUCGAGGACAUACAUGAACUAUCUCAGCAGCAUCCGGACGACGAGACAUUUGUAGACCCACAAGUCACAUACGACACGCCGGUUACAACCUACCUUCUAGUUCCCGGAGCGUCACAAAGAGGCAAGGGCAAGCUAAUCAGCAGUGAUGGCUACAGCUAUACCUUCAAGCGGGAAACGCAGACAACGAUCCAUUGGCGAUGCGCCGUUCGCAACAAGAACAUCGUCUGUCCUGCAACGGUAGUGCAGACAGGAGAUGUGUUCCAACCAGGCCUGCCAGAUCACCUCCAUCCAGCACACCAAGACGCAGAGAUCCGCGCCAAAAUCACGUCGGAGAUAAGAGAGAAGGCCCAACAACAGAUCUUCGAACCUGCAUCUAAUCUCGUGGAUGAGGUGAUGGAAACCAAUGCAGACAAUCCGGGCUUGCCGAGUCACGCCGCCCUGAUUCGACGUGUCAACCGUGCUAAGUCCAAGCAUCGUCCGGCCGAACCCCAAGAUUUGGACUUUGAACUUGAUGAAGAAUACAUCCAGGAAGAUUUCCUGGUUCGGGACAUCGACGUGUCGACCGCAACAACGUCAGCAAGACACAUCCUGUUUGCAACCCCGUACCAGCUUCGCCUCCUCGCACAAGCCCGUCGUUGGUAUAUUGACUCUACCUUCAAGGUUGUGCGUGCCCCUUUCUACCAAUUGUUCUCGGUGCACGCGUUCAUCAGAAGUGGAGACGUCAUCAAGCAAGUUCCCCUCGCGUACGCCUUCAUGUCUAGCAAACGCGAGAUUGACUACCGAUCCGUACUCCUAGAACUGCAAAACGCACUGCCUGCUGACAUCGAACUGCAAGAAUGCUUGGCAGGCGUUUGCAUCCGUGUUUCCUGGUGCACGACUGAAAGGGUGCGCAUUCCAUUGGUGCCAGGCGGUCUGGAGGAAGGUACAGGAGUAUGGACUACAGACGGCAUACCGGGAGGACCAGCGUGUAUCUGGACUCCACGUCGUUGGUCCGUGUACAUGCAAUCGGUCAUGCAAUCAGUACAAAGAAGUACUUAAUGGAAUUACCACUCUUCUGCAUCAAUCGGUAUAUAAAAGAGAAUGCUAGCAUCUAACAGGCUUAGCUUUCGUCCGACCGGACCGUCCGAGCG